AUGCUGCCGUGGACUUGGCUGCAGGGACUUCCAGCAGCGGGACUCUCCUCUCAGUGCCUGUCCUGGCGGCCCGCUGAGAGGCUGCUCUCAGACUGGCUCAUGUCCUCGCUGGCCUUGAUGAAGAAGGAGUGUCUCCGGUCUGGGACCCUGUCCUCCGCCUCCCUGAAGAGAAGGUUCCUGAAGAAGAGGAGGGUCGCUCCGGGGGCGCAGCAGGACGCGGACAGGGACUGCCAGCUGUGCAGGUGCUCCAUAUUCUCCCGUUCAGGUGGUAGUCGCACUGUUCGCCGGAUUUUGACAGCCUGUGUCCUCUCUUUCCUGGCCCUGCUUGGCUCUGUGUCCAUGGACCUCAGCUCCAAGUUCGGCCUGCUGCACACAACGGAGGCUGCUUAUGAAGAGCUCACUUCAUGCAGGACAAUAGCCAUCCUGCAACUCGUCCGUAAGCUCCAAAAGACAAGAGGUUUAUUCACCAAAGACAUGGGCAAUGAGACAUUGGAGCCAAGUCUUUCCGAGGUAGUGUUUCCUAUGUUGGAUCAUCUCUGUGGUGAAAUGAUGGAUCACAGGAACGGCCGUGGGCUUCUUUGCAGUGUUGAGUUGGCUGAAUUUUGCCAGGAGAUAACGUGGAGUGUUCAAGGACUUCUAAAUGCUUCCUUGGAUACAAACGGCACAAGUGCAAAUGGUACUUCUGUUUACUCCGUGGCCAUUGGAAGACUUCUUGACAUCUGGGGUACGGUAGAAGAAACUUUUGUCCAAGUCAAACAGGAUUCUAACUGGGGAGAUGUUCUGUCUGCAAGACUUUUGGUAAAAUUCAUAGAGCUCAACUACCAGUUGAUGGACUUCCCCCACAUAGCAACUUACCCUGACUUCCAGAACGAGUGGACUUAUGUCCUAGGCUACCUUGGCUUUGCCAGGGUUAUGACGGAACAUCUUAACGACUGCUGGUUACAGAACAUAAACUCAAGCCAGCGUGUAAAAACGAAUGAUAUAUUUGACACAAGUCGGUGGCAGAUCUCUGGAGACGGAUCAGAGCUUCUGUCCGGGUCUCACAUCGGGAUUCAGUCUCUGACAAACACUCAGCAGUGCUUGUUUGAUCGUGCAGGGCCGGCUUUGAGGCUGGAGUCUCGAUCCAUGUCUUCAGGUCUCAGCAUGAAGGUCUGCCUGCUGGCCAUAGCCUGCCUCAUCUACCCGGUGGUGCUGUUCUCAUUCAAGCAGAUGACCGAGUGGAUUCAGAACUACGCCCAGAGCUUGAAGGAGAGGACGGAAGACCUGAAGCGCCAGAGGCAGCGGGCGGAGGACCUGCUGCACCAGAUGCUGCCCAAGUCAGUCGCCAAGCAGCUCCGCCAGAAUAAACAUGUUGAAGCCGAGAGUUACGAAAAGGUGACUAUUUUUUUCUCGGACAUCGUGGGCUUCACCUCCAUCUCUGCGUCCUGCGCUCCUCUGCAGGUGGUGGAGAUGCUCAACAACCUCUACAUGUGCUUCGACACGCGCAUCGACUCCUACAACGUCUACAAGGUGGAGACCAUUGGGGAUGCGUACAUGGUGGUGAGCGGUCUGCCGGAGAGGAACGGGGACAGACACGCUGAUGAGAUCGCCAAGAUGGCGCUGGACCUGGUGGCCGCCGUCAGGCAGGUCUCCAUCCCUCACAUGCCCAACGAGAGGCUGCAGCUGAGAGCCGGCAUCCACACAGGUCCCUGCGUGGCGGGGAUCGUGGGCUACAAGAUGCCCAGAUACUGUCUGUUUGGAGAUACCGUCAACACGGCGUCCAGGAUGGAGUCCACCAGCCUGCCUCAGAAAAUCCACGCCAGCUCAGAAACCUACCUGGCUCUGAUCAAAGACAACGCGUACGAGCUGCAGCUGAGAGGAGAGAUCGAGGUGAAGGGUAAAGGCAAGAUGAACACCUACUGGCUGGUGGGCCAUAAGAACUACAGCGUGCAGAACGACAGUCUGGUGUGCCACUGGAACCCCGGCAUGGCCCGCAAGAAGAAGGCGGCGGCCGGCAGCCACGCCUCUGUGGGCGACUCCUCAGUGACGGUGCAGAGCCUCGGUGCCACCACCCCCGUCUCCAUCCCCCCCUCAGUGUUGGAGCAGCCCCCCCCCAGCCCUGAGCGUGGCGGCUCAGAUGGAGCCUGACGGAGGAAGCAGCGGGACCCUGGGCUCCAUGAUGGGGGGGCUGCAGAGCCCCCUGCCCAGCCAGCGCCGGGCAGAGCUCUGCUGAGUCAGAAAGACCCUCCUGAUCUCAAAGCUGACACUUUAGUGUUUGGGAUGAGUAGUGAUGAUGUAAAGCAUGUGUGUGUUAUGAUGCUUUAUUGGAAUGUGUGGACUGAACAUGUGUACCACAAACUGUCCAAUAAAGCUACUACAAACA